GUUCUCAAAACCAUGGAGACAACUCACCAAAUGUCCGUGGAGAACGAUAAGAGAGCAUCGGGGCUUAAGUUUGCGCCCAAUGUAGGUCUUCCGUUCCACGAGGACUCUACACAGCCGAGUGAGGAGACCACCUUUGGAAGAGUGCGAUUGAUCUGGAACCGAUGGGAGAAAAGCCUUGCUGAAUACAACAUGGAAGCCCGUGGUAUACAAAGAGUAGAGUCACACGAACGACACGACCUCCAGCUUUUGGGGUAUCGCCAGAUUACAGUAUUCUGGUUCUCCAUCAAUCUAGCGGCGAACAAUGUCACACUCGGAAUGCUUGGACCUGCAAUUUUCGAACUGGGUUUCCUCGACUCCUGUCUUUGUGCUGUGUUUGGCAUGCUUGUCGGCUCGCUCGCUGUAGCGUACAUUGCUACUUUCGGUCCAAGGAGUGGUAAUCGGACCAUGAUCUUCUCACGCUAUAUCAUGGGCUGGUGGCCUUCAAAGCUCGUGGUAGUUCUCAACAUCAUUGUUCUUCUUGGAUAUGCCAUGAUCGACUGCGUAGUUGCUGGCCAAAUCCUAUCUGCAGUGUCCGCAAACACCAUGUCAGUUGUUGUGGGCAUUGUCAUAGUUGCGGUCAUCACAUGGGUCGUUACGACCAUUGGAUAUCAGGCUUUCCACUAUUACGAAAGAUAUGCUUGGGCUCCUCAGCUAGUCGUUCUUAGUGUUCUUGCGGGAGUCGCAGGUCCAAAGUUCAACGUGACUGCCGAAGCUCUUGCAACUGGGAAGACGCUGGCAGCGAACCGCCUAUCCUUCUUCGGUCUCAAUCUCGCCGCUGCCAUCACCUAUGGUGGGGGAGCAGCCGAUUACUUUGUGUACUAUCCGGAGAGUGCAUCACGCUGGAAGAUCUUCCUUGCUACGAUGAUCGGUUUAUCCGCGAGCUUCACGUUUGCUUUUGUUCUAGGGAUUGGCCUUGCAUGCGGAAUGGCAAAGGACGAAGCUUGGAAGGCUUCUUACGGUGUCUCUCAGGGUGCUCUGAUAGUUGAAGCCUACAAGCCAUUGGGAAACUUCGGGGGCUUCUGUAGCACCAUCGUGGGUCUAGGACUCAUCGCGAAUGCCAUCGGCCCCACGUACUCAACUGGUAUUGACGCCCAAAUCCUCGGCAGCUGGGCAUCCGCUGUUCCUCGGGUGAUUUGGAAUACCAUCGGUGUCAUCAUCUAUACAGUCUGUGCGCUCGCAGGUCGAGCCCACCUCGCAGAAAUCUUCACCAACUUCCUGGCACUUAUGGGUUACUGGGUGUCUAUUUGGGUGGCCAUUAUCCUUGAAGAACAUUUCAUGUUCCGCAGGCAAACGGGAUUCAACUGGGCUGUUUGGAAUGAGAAGAAAAAGUUACCCGUAGGCGUGGCCGCUUUGCUCGCAUUCUUAGUCGGAUGGACUGGGGCAAUUCUCUGCAUGUCACAAGUCUGGUACAUCGGACCUAUCGCGAACUUGUUAGGGGAACAUGGCGCUGAUAUGGGUAACUAUGUUGGGUUCGCUUGGGCCGCCGUCGUAUUCCCCCCGCUUCGUGCCUGGGAACUCAAGAAGUUGGGCAGAUAAUGACCAUAUGCAUCUGGUGCGUGGAAAGUCACCUAUUGACAGCCAUGCACUGGUACGGAACGAUGCGGGUACAGACUAUGGCGGACGCCU